AUGGUAGGCCGGUUGCUAAGACUACGGUUGAAUCGUCGUCGACAGGCAGGCACGGGGGUAUAUCGUGAACGGCAUCGCCGAGAACAGGCGUGCAUACAACGUAUAUACACUGCUUAUGCCGUGUGCGAUAUAUGCGGCGUACUGUUGUGUACAGAUCGUCGGAAGUGCCGUGUUCUACGACGACGACGACGACGACUCGCGCGUACUCCCUUUUUUUAUUGCCCUCGCCGGUUACACAGAUAUGGAAAGGUAUGUAAGGCUACUUAGACUGGCUUAUAAGUGGAGUUACUGUCCGCCACGUGCAAGGAGCGCGUGCGAAGGUAUUUUUAUUCUAAUGAUACUGUCGACCACGAUAACGGUAUUUGCGCUAGGAUCCGAUUGCAGCGGAGACCCCUGCAUGUACGGAAUUUGUUUGGAUAACGAGAAUAGCACCUACUCCUGUUAUUGCAUCGACGGUUACACGGGGAUCAAUUGUGAGAUUAAUUGGGACGAGUGCUGGUCAGAUCCUUGUCUUAACGGUGGUACGUGCAACGACGGCAUCGCCUCGUACAAUUGCACAUGUAUCGAGGGUUUCAUAGGUGUAAAUUGCGAGCAAAGGUACAGCGAGUGUUCAAACUACCCAUGCCUCAACAAUGGCACCUGCGUUGAUUACGAUGGUUUCACGUGUCAAUGCCCGGACGGAUACUCAGGAGACUAUUGCGAGAUCGAUGCCUCGGUCUGCAACGAGACGAUAUGCAAGAAUUCGGGUGAGUGCGUCGAGGGACCCGGAUUCUCGUUCUUUUGUCGUUGUCACGAGGGAUGGACCGGCAUCCUCUGUGACGUGGACGUCGACGAGUGUCUUACAUCACCAUGCAAGAACGGUGGUCUUUGCAUUAAUGUACCGGCUUCCUAUACUUGCGCUUGUCUAUUCGGUUUUACCGGGAAGGAUUGCGACAAGGCGAUCGUCCCGUGCGACGAGAAUCCGUGCCAAAACGGAGCGGUAUGUCUGCUGGAGGACGAGCGUCCAGUUUGUUACUGCGUCCCAGAUUAUCACGGUGCUCUGUGCGAGCUGAAGUACGAUGAUUGCGAGUCGAAAUUCGCACACUGUGACAACGGCGGCACUUGCGUCGACGGUGUCAACAGCUUCACUUGCACAUGCUCGCCUGGAUACGGUGGGCCUAUGUGUGAGUACGGCUUCCCCACGAGCACGAGUUCCGUUGAAGCAGAAGAGACGUUCGAUGAGGGAACGAGUUUAAGUAAAACUACGAUCUCCGUCACUAAAGACUCGACUUCGGUGUUUCUGUCGUCUACAUCACCUUCCAGCUUCACCACUUACUCAACGACUUCGAGACCAAGUAUAUUACCUCACACGAGGAAGUCUACAGUUACGGAGAAGACAACUCCGACGUUAGCGUACGAAGACGGAGGUCCCCUCAGUGCUAGUAGCGCGGAAACUACUGCUGCUUUGCCGACCGACGUUCCUUCGACGGGCUUCACGGGUCAAGAUGAUACAUCAGAGCUUAUAACGUCUGCCGCUACUGACGGCUACACUCAUGUAACUGAAACGAAGAGCACCGAGGUUUAUCUUCCGACCGGGAGAUCGAUUCAUGAUAGUGAAGUCACCAAGGAACCCGGUGACUACGAUCAGACGACGAUGUACUCAGUAUUCUCCGAUAGAACAGAUGAAGAUGCAACGCGUGCAACGGAAUACACGACAAGUUCCAGCCGUCGACCUACAACAAUCGAUAUAGAUGAAGGCCAAAAAGAUGAAAAAUCGACUGUGACCAGCAUCAUCACGGACCAUGGUACCGACGUAACAUUCCUCGUCAAUGCGACAUUCCGCUACACAACAGAAUCCGCGCAGAACAGAAGCAUCGAUCUCGGAACCACGAUCACGGAUUCGCCCAAAACUGUCCUACCUCUAAUCACUUCCUCAUCGACACUGCCAUCGAUAACUUCCACCGAGAAGUUCGAAACGACGAUAUCUUCCGCAUUAACGCCCACCGGUGUAUCCUCGUUGAGCCCCGUUACCGGCAUCGAAGCUAGUACCACGGAAACUGGCACUUGCCACGGAACUCUGUGUUCCACUUCUACCACUACGUUGAGCCCGCGCAAUGUCACAGAAUACGUUGAAGGCUGCAAGACAGACUCAACUGUUACACAGGCGGCCUUCAAUGGCAAAUCUUUUGCCAGACAACGCGUUGAGGUAAUAAUCACUGAUCAGAAGAGCGCUACGCUGCGAAUUUACGUCAAACUCAAGACGGCUUUCAAGAACGGGAUCAUAUUACACGUUUACUUCGACAACGAGAGGUAUUCUCUGGUGUAUUUGGAGCUCGGGUCGUUAAAGUUUCAAUUUUCCUGUGGUCUAGAAACAAUGUUACUUGGCGAGAUCGAUGCCGCUAUCGACAAUGGAUUUGAAGUGGGCAUUGAUAUGAGUUUUCAAUAUAUUGCCAACGAUGAAAAUGAAAAGUGUUUCGCCAAGUUACUGGUCAAUGGCACUAUGGCAGUGACCGGCGAGCAAAUACUGCCACAACGAGGGAUGGUCCCGAAAUAUGCUAAUCUAUACAUAGGAGGCAUCCCGUUAACGUUCUCACAGUACUUUCCCCACGUGGCUAUGGGAUUCAUUGGUUGCAUGGAUUCUCUAAAGGUGAAUGACAUUUCACGACAUUUCAUUCACGACUCCACAGAAACUUUUCAGAUCGAGGAGUGCACGUCGUUCUUGUGCUUGUCUAACCCGUGUCAGAACUUCGGAGCGUGCGAAGAGAGCGAUGGUCGAAUUCGCUGCAAAUGCAUAGCCGGUUACACCGGGCCUUUAUGCGAACAUUCGGCGUGCAACGAUAAUCCUUGCUCGAUGGGCGCGACGUGCGUAAGCUCACCGGGAACCGGCUUUAUUUGUGUCUGCCCACUCGGCAGUCACGGGCUUUUCUGCGAAGAAGAUGCUAUCCUGGUACGACCGGCAUUCUCGGUCCUCGUUCCCGGCUUCGCGUCGUACAUCGCUUAUGGCGUGCCGACUUCAAUAAAGGACACAAUGGAGCUGAAACUGCGACUUAUUCCUCGCACAUUCGACCAGAUCUCGCUGAUAGCGUACUUCGGACAGCGCGGCUUGCGCCGCGACGCGUCGGAUCAUCUCUCGAUAACGUUUGUUCGCGGCUAUAUCAUGCUCACGUGGGAUUUGGGUUCUGGAGUACGAAGAAUCUUCACCAGCGACUCGUUAAGUUCUACGAAUGUACUGGGGUCGGCCGGUAAGAGUAAAACGUAUACGGUUCGAAUUGGAAGAAGAGGUAAGGAAGCAUGGCUCGCCGUGGAGGGUAUGGGCAACGUGAGCGGCCAGGCGGUAGGAUCUAUGACUCAGCUGGACGUAUCGCCCGUUCUCUAUAUCGGUGGAUACAAGUCAAAGAACUUUGAGACGUUGCCCCACGAUCUGCCUCUGCACACCGGUUUUUCCGGAUGCAUAUUUGACGUCGAAUUGCGUACGGAUACCUCGAUCCUUCCUUUAACCGGCUCCAGUCCCGCUACCGGUCGCGGCGUGGGCGAGUGCAGUCGUAACGAAUGCAUUCGCCACUCGUGCAAAAACGGUGCCGUGUGCUUGCAUCACGGCGCAUCGUACAGUUGUAUUUGUACAAAAGAGUGGGUCGGGCCCGAUUGCUCUAUUCCAGUCUGAAUCACCGUUGGAGAACGGUCAGCCGCGUACUUUGGAAUUUUCUGCCAGUUAUACUAAUUAGCGCGAAGGAAGAAACAAUCGAUUGCAUCGACGUUAAGAGACAAUGUUAUAUUAACGGUGAAUAUGUUAUUCUUACAAAUUUUA